AGCCCAGCCCAGCCCAGCCUUCACUCCUCAAGCUUGGACCCGACCCGAAGAGCUGAGCAAUGUCUCCUCCGCCUCCGCCACGCCUCCGCGCCUUCCGCCGCGGCGGAGUCCUCUUCGCGGCCGGCUGGUUACCCAGUAGCCCUGGGUGCCUUACUCUCCGGGCGAGUCUCAGCUCCUGCAGUGGCAGCGUCGGCCGCGCCUACUGCCUCUUCUCCGGCGGCGGGAACCGCAAGAAGCAGGACGAAGCUAGGAAAGCGCUGGAGAAUGCCCUGGGGCAGAAGAAGACAGAGUUUGAGAAAUGGGGUGUGGAAAUUGAAAGGAGGCGGCAAAGGGGCCGGCCUGGAGGUCCUGCUGCUGGUGGUGGAGGAUGGUCUGGAGGAGGUGGGUGGUUCAGGUGGCUUUCCAGUGGAGGUUUCUGGGAUGCAGCAAAACAAUUUGUUCUGACAAUCCUCGGCAUUAUCGCUGCGUUUUUCCUGAUUGCGAACUUCAAUGUACUGAUAGCAGCUAUUGUCAAUUCAUUGCUGGUUGUGCUGCGACAAAUACGGCGUGCACUCUCCUUCAUUGCUUGCUGUGUUUUCCAGGGCACAUCGGGUCCAAAGUCUGUACCAAAAUCAAGUAUCCUAGACAGCGGUAAUCUGGCUGGAGUGCCUGUGAAAGAUAGAGAUGGAAUGUCAGCGAAAGAAAGAGUCGUAAGGAAAUGGGGAAUGGACUGAAGUAGAGCAAGUUCUGUCUUGUGAGCUAUAGCCAUGUUCAGACUGAUCAGACACUUGCAAUCACUGUACCACAACUGUUUGACAUGUCCUUGUUCAAGAUGAAAAUCUCAGAAGUCCCGAUCUAGUGUUUGUCAAUGAUACCUUGUUUCUUCUUGUAGCUAAUGAUGAUCUGC